GCCGGCGGCGGCGGAGGAGGCGGAGACGCUCGUGCCGGUGAGGAACGGCAAAGCGAUCCGCCGCAGAAACCCGCAUUCUGAGGCUGUUCGUCGGGGGGAGAUUAUCCACCAUGUCCAUAUUCGCGCUCGUCGCCAAACAGGUCAAGACCCAUCCGUCUCUGAUCCCUCUCUUCAUCUUCAUUGGUGGUGGAGGAACCAUGGGCUUAUUGUACUUGGGUCGGUUGGCUCUGAAAAACCCUGAUGUCUCGUGGGACCGCAAAAACAACCCUGAGCCCUGGAACAAAAUAGAACCCAAUCAGCAGUACAAACUUUUUAAGGUUAACAUGGACUACUCCAAGCUGAAGAAGGACAGGCCUGACUUCUGAGUCACUCUUCUGGUUCUGACUACAGCAGUUGCACUUUCUUUAUAUUGGAAAUAAAGUCAUGACAGUAAUUGAGUAUGUGGUACACUCAUUCAGUAUGUUCAUUUCUCCAGGGGCAAAGAGGUUGUUCACUAUAUAAACGACUGUAUAAAUAAAACAGGUGACCACCUGUUUCAAUAUUUGCUGUAUUUAUGUAUGACUAUGUUAAGUUAAUAAAGUAUUUCAACCAUA